ACAUCGGUAUGAGUCAAACACGGGAGGCUAUGUCGACCUCGCGCACACACCCUGACGCCCCCUGCCAUUCCCCACCACAUGCUAACAUCCAGUCAUCCGGCUCUUCGCCUCGGUCUUGGCCCUGCGCUCCGGUCUUUUCGAUGUGUUGGUCGGCGGAGGACUGUCCGGCGCCUGGGAUGCCUCACUCAUCCCACUGCUUUCCUUACCCCCGGCGCUGCCAGCUUCCCCGGCCUCACUGUUCCUACUCUCCUUAUCACUGCCAUCCUCCAUUUCUUUGUCCGAGUCCUUUUCGCUGAGGUUCUCCCCGUAAAGGUAGUCUUCAGCUUACCCGUUACUCUCCCCCUUCUUAUCGUCACGGCUACUAUCCAUUUUAUCGUCCGAGUCCUCUUCGCUGCUGCUUUUCCCGACAUCAUCGUCGACCCCAGCCAUGUUAAUAUCACCGCCCUCCGGCACCGGAUUCUGUCCAGGUUGCCCGCCCCCCUCCCCUUUUUUAAAAGUCAAUUUGAGUUUCUGCUGCAGGCGACUGGGUAGUAGAGUGGCGGGUCGGUUAUGCUGUAGGGGCCCAGCACACUGUUCUGCCGG